CGAAGUAGUGUGAAAUUUUCUCAGUCUGCAUUUCAAAACCCUUUCCAGUACUUAGACCGCGAUGGGACGGCUGAAGAUGUCACAAAUUAUGGCAAUUAUCUUACAAGGCAAAAAUUAACAAAUCCUGGAUUUAAGUCAACAUUACGAUCAGCUGUAUGGGCUACAUAUAAAGCGGAGCAGUAUUGGAAAUCUCAUCCUGCGAGAUUCGUGUCAUGGAGAUACAUCGGAACAAAAGCAGGAAUGAUAAGAAUUUAUCCUGGAGUUUCAUUGCAGAAACCUUAUGAUCACGAAAAGAGAGCAUGGUGGCGUCAGGCCAUGGCACAUCCCAAUAAAAUGUUUUUAACUACUCCUUAUGUUGAUUCGUGGGGAUCUGGAAUAGUCUUGUCUCUCGUGCACACUAUAUACAAAAAAGGUUCAACCACAGUAACUGCUGCUGUUGGUGCUGAUUUUCCCCUGGAAUACUUCAAUUGGUUGUUUAGUAGUGUUUAUCCUACUUGUAAUGACGUAUCUUACUGGUGCAUUAUUGUUGACGACAGUGGGUUCAUCGUUAUGCAUCCACGACUGAAAGAAACAACAAUUGAAUCAGGUUUCAAAGAACCAAAACAUAUCACUAUUGAGGAACCAGGUAUUGCAAAAAUUCUGAAACGGGAAGGUGUACUUAACUCGAAAGAGUGCCAAGAUUUUUCGAAGAAUACAAAUUUAAGGUCCUUUCGGGUGACUAUGCCAGUUAACAAAUUAGGAGGGCUUGAUUUCAAAGACACUGAUGAAACAUUUGAAAUACGACCUAUUGCAGAAACGAAUGUGUUUAUCAUAAGGAGACAGACACAACCAACUACCAACUGUAAAUGUGACUCUACAUCACCUGAUAUCGUAGAAUGCAGUAACCAGUGUGAAUGUUUAUGCCACAGUCCAAUUAUUUAUGAUGUAUGUUCUAACAAAUAUAAUACAGGGUCUGCUAGUCCACCGUGUAGUGCCCGAUUACCAGAUACAUCGGGUGUAAGUCAACCAGAUGAUACACACGGUCUUACCACAUGUUAUGUUCCAAAAUGUCAUCAAAAAGCAACAAAGACAGACUGUUUCAGCGAACUAGAAUGUAGUUGGUGUGAAUAUAACGACCUCUUACAACAAAUAGCUACGCCAUGUUGUAGGCUUAAAGAGGAAUGUACAUUUGGUAAAACAAAAUCUCAAUAUAGAAAUACGUGUGCAGCAGCACCAUCAACCACAACUGACAAGACGUCAGAUGAAAUAAAUGCAGGACAAAUUGGCGGAAUAAUAGGUGGAUCAAUCGCCUUUGGCAUCCUUCUCACUCUCAUAAUGAUUUGUGGAAUUAAGUUUUUUAGAUCUAGAAAUCGUAAUGAAAAUGCUGAUCCGUAUAUAGAGGCUAUUCCAGAUUAUGAACUUAGACAAUACAGAGAAAAGGAGGAAUGUAGUAGUACGGAUUCACCACCACCGCCAUACCAGAUUCAACCGGCAAUUAAUCAUAAUUUUUAUGUUGACUCAUCUCCUGGACAUAAAGUUUGAUAGACAAAUGGUCAUAAAAUGUUUUUUUCGUAACAUCCGUUUUCCGCUAGUUUCCAUGUUAUACAAACCCAUAUAUUGAACAUUAUUUAUAUUCUUUGUUUCUGACUUAAUUUUUUAAAGUUUAAAUCUCCUCAUUUUAUAAUUAUAUACAUACAUAUAUUAGCAUGUUUCCCUUUGUUAACCUAUUUGAAUAAAUAUACUAAAAAACAGGAUUAGUAUUGCAUGUUUUUUAAAUUUUUGAUAAUUUG